GUUUUUGUUUUGUUCCUUUUUUUUAUUAACAGCUGACUGUUUUUCAACAACAAUGUUUGUGUUUGUUUGCAAAUAAAACAUUGUUUAAGAUGGAAGAUAAAAAGUCCUAUGUAUGGGAACAUUUAAAAAAGAAGACACCAGAUACUGCUGUUUGUCAAUUGUGAUCAAAAAUAAUAUGCUGCAAAGGUCAAAGCACCAGUGGUCUUAUGCGCCACUUAAAAGGUAUACACAACAAACAGUUUGAAAAUAUAGAACGCAAAAACGAAGAACCUCCCGCAAAAGUUAAAAAACAAUGUUGGACUACUCCAAAAACAAAAAAGAUGACAUGAACCAAAUAGUGUCCAAAUUAGCAGCAGUUGAUGGUUUUUCCAUGAGAUCCAUAACGAGAAGUACGUUCAUAAGAGAAUCGAUGUUGCUUAAAGGGUUUCACCUUCCAAGAACUGAAUGUGAUGUCCAACAAUUAAUAAUAAGUAGAUUUGGCGAAGUUAAAAAUUAAAUUAUACAACAUAUUGAAUCACAGUUAAAAAAUAAAUCUAGAUUUUCCCUUGUUAUGGACGAAUGGACAAGUAUAAAAAAUAGAAGAUACCUUAAUAUAUGUUUGUAUAGACAGGAAAGAACCUUACAUAACUUAGGAAUGGUAUAUAUUCCAGGAAAAAGUGGAGCUUUGGAAAUCCGCGAUCUUAUGGAAACUCGAUUAAAGGAAUACAAUAUCACCUUUGAAAACCACAUAGUCGCAACAACAACCGACGGACCAAAUGUUAUGAAAAAAUUUGUCAGACAAAGCCCAGUUGAUGGUGUAUUUUGCCUUAACCACGCAUUACAUUUAGCAGUUGUUGAUGUUCUGUAUAAAAAAACUGAAGUGGAACCAAUAUCUGCCGAUCUGGAGUUGAGCGACAGUAACGAAUUUGAAGAUAAAUUGGAAGACGACUCUGAAGAUUAUGUUUUUGUAAUCAAUACUAAUUACAAAUUGGUAUUAGAACAAACUCGUCGUGUUAUUAAAUUGUUUAGAAAGAGUCCAACAAAAAAUUGUGUGUUACAAAAAUAUGUAUUGGCCGAAUAUAAUAAGGAAAUCUGCCUUGUAUUGGAUAUAGUAACCAGAUGGAAUUCUCCAGUUCCAAUGAUCUAAAAAAUUUUGCUUUUAAAAAAUGCAAUAAAGAAAAGUCUCAUUGAUUUGGAAAUGGGAGACCUAUGGAUAGAAUCCAAUAUAAAUAAUUUGCAGAACCUUUUGGACGUUUUAAAACCAAUAAAAUUAGCUGUGGAAGCUUUAU